CAGCAGCGCCAGGGCCUCGGGGGGCCCCCACUCCGGGUCCUGGAGCCCCGGCUAGGGCCUGACAUGCAAAAGCGGCCUUUACUUUUUCUGCAGGGAGGAAGGAGGCAGCUCUUUAUCUCCAGAGACCAGAAGAAAAUUCCUGGCCAUUCAGAAUGGUUUCCCAGGGCUCCUCGCCCUCCCUGCUGGAGGCCCUGAGCAGCGACUUCCUAGCCUGUAAAAUCUGCCUGGAGCAGCUGCGGGUGCCCAAAACGUUGCCCUGCCUGCAUACCUACUGCCAGGACUGCCUGGCCCAGUUGGCCGAGGGCAGCCGCCUCCGAUGCCCUGAGUGCCGCGAGCCCGUGCCUGUGCCGCCCGCGGGCGUGGCUGCCUUCAAGACCAACUUCUUUGUCAACGGGCUCCUGGAUUUGGUGAAGGCCCGAGCCGGUGGAGACCUGCGCGCAGGGAAGCCGGCCUGUGCCCUGUGCCCGCUGAUGGGGGGCGCCAGCGCUGGGGGGCCGGCCACAGCCCGGUGCCUGGACUGCGCCGACGACUUGUGCCAGGCCUGUGCCGACGGGCACCGCUGCACCCGGCAGACCCACAGCCACCGGGUGGUGGACCUGGUGGGCUACAGGGCAGGGUGGUACGACGAGGAGGCCCGGGAGCGCCAGGCGGCCCAGUGUCCCCAGCACCCGGGGGAGCCCCUGCGCUUCCUCUGCCAGCCCUGCUCCCAGCUGCUGUGCCGGGAGUGUCGCCUGGACCCCCACCUGGACCACCCCUGCCUGCCCCUGGCCGAGGCCGUGCGUUCCCGGAGGCCACGCCUUGAGGGGCUCCUGGCGGGCAUGGACAGCAACCUGGCCGAGCUGGAGGCCACCCGGCUGGCGGAAGAGGAAGCCUUGGCCUGUCUGCGGGAGCAGGCAGCCAAGGUGGGCGCGCAGGUGGAAGAGGCGGCCGAGGGGGUCCUGCGGGCCCUCCUGGCCCAGAAGCAGGAGGUGCUGGGGCAGCUACGGGCCCACGUGGAGGCCGCUGAGGAGGCCGCUCGGGAGAGGCUGGGCGAGCUGGAGAGCCGGGCCCAGGUGGCCAGGGAGGCGGCCGCCUUUGCCCGCCGCGUGCUCAGCCUGGGUCGGGAGGCCGAGAUACUCUCGCUGGAGGGGGCCAUUGCCCAAAGGCUUCAGCAGCUGCAGCGUUGCCCCUGGAUGCCUGGGUCAGCCCCCUGCCUGCUGCCGCAGCUGGAGCUCCACCCCGGACUCCUGGACAAGACGCGCCACCUGCUGAGGCUCUCCUUUGAGGAGCACCAGCCCCAGAAGGACAGCGGGAAAGACGGAGCCGGAAGCCAGGGAGGCGACCAAACCCGGCCCCAGAGCGGGGAUGGGGCCCAGGCCCCAAAGCAGGACAGUGCGCAGACGCCCCGAGAAGACGGAGCCCAGACCCUAAAGGCGGAGAGAGCCGAGACGCCCCAAGGAGACGGAGCCCAGACCCCCAAAGAGGGCAGAGCCCAGACGCCCCAGGAAGAUGGAGGCGCCCAGUCGCCAAGGGGCGGCAGAUCCAACAAGAAGAGGAAGUUCAAAGGCAGGCUCAAGUCCAUUUCUCGGGAGCCCAGCCCAGCACCUGGGCCAAACCCGGAGGGCUCGGGCCUCCUCCCCAGGCCCAUCUUUUUCUGCAGCUUCCCCACGCGGAUGCCGGGGGACAGGCGGUCUCCCCGGAUCACCGGGCUCUGUCCCUUUGGCUCCCGGGAGAUCCUGGUGGCAGAUGAGCAGAACAGAGCCCUGAAGCGCUUCUCCCUCAAUGGCGACUACAAGGGAGCGGUGCCUGUCCCCGAGGGCUGCUCCCCGUGCAGCGUGGCCGCCCUGCAGGACGCCGUGGCCUUCUCGGCCGGCGCUCGGCUCUAUCUCAUCCGCCCCAACGGUGAGGUGCAGUGGCGCCGGGCGCUGAGCCUCUGCCAGGCCAGCCACGCCGUGGCCGCCAUGCCGAGCGGGGACCGGGUGGCCGUCAGCGUGUCGGGCCACGUGGAGGUGUACAACAUGGAGGGCAGCCUGGCCACCCGGUUUAUCCCCGGAGGCAAGGCCAGCCGGGGCCUGCGGGCCCUGGUGUUUCUGACCACCAGCCCCCAGGGCAAUUUCGUGGGGUCAGAUUGGCAGCAGAAUAGCUUGGUGGUGUGUGACGGGCUGGGCCAGGUGAUUGGCGAGUACCGGGGGCCGGGCCUGCACGGCUGCCAGCCGGGCUCCGUGUCCGUAGAUAAGAAGGGCUACAUCUUUCUGACCCUUCGAGAGGUCAACAAGGUGGUGAUCCUCGAUCCGAAGGGGUCGCUGCUCGGUGACUUCCUGACGGCCUAUCACGGCCUGGAGAAGCCCCGGGUGACCACCAUGGUGGACGGCAGGUACCUGGUCGUGUCCCUCAGUAAUGGGACCAUCCAUGUCUUUCGGGUCCGCCCUCCUGACAGUUAAAGGGCUGGGACUGGGGAGACACUUUGGGGUGGGGGGACCGGGGAGGGGGUAGAGAGAAGGGAAGCAGGGCGGCC